CUUCGAGGGGUGCUGCCUGCGGUCAAUCGAGGGCGGCGAUGGUGUCGGAUAGUGGUGACUCGUACAGAGCUGCCUUGACCGCUGCCCACGAAAUAGCACAUGCGCUCGGAUCUCCUCACGAUGGAGCAGAAACAUCCAAAGGGUGUCCAGAGAGUGGUCGUCACCUAAUGAACCCCUAUCAUCUAGAGAAAACAGAAACGUACUCACCCUGCAGCCUCAUCGCCAUGAAUAAAUUUUUGAAUAUGCCCCAAGCUAUCUGCUUGUUUGGAGAGGUAGAUAUCAACCAACCUGAAUUGGGUACGAGGCUUGAGAACAAUCCACAGCUUCGGCAUCUAAGGAAUAAAGCAUGUGGAAAACGCAUGAGUAAAGGUCAGGUAAUCUCGCACAUUCAGAGAUGUAUUAAAGGAAGAUGCCGGUAAGAAAAAUUAUGAAUGCCUUGGAUUUGGGAUGCCGAGCUUGGUAUCCAGAAACUUCAGAUCUUCUGAAUAAAAAAAUAUAUUUGC